GGAGCCUCCGACGCUCAAGUCAGUACAAUUGAUGUAUAAAAUGAGGUGUUUAGGGGAGAGAGAGUAGGGUGGCUUCUCUAGGGUUAGAGAAUCCCCUUUACCUUGCCCUUUGAGGGGUAUAUAUAGUGCCUUUGUUGGGCCUUUGAGGCCUUGUAAGAGAUAUUGGGCUUGAGUGGGUUUUAUUGGCUUUUGGGUUAAAAUAGUGGGCCCAUUUUAACACCCAACAAAUGUGACUAUUUAAGUAUAAGUCAUACGGUGUAUUAAAAUUUAAAGGUGCUUCUCCAAGUACUCUCUUCUUAUUCUCCCUCCCUUCUACCGAUUUGAGCAUAUUAUGAGUUUCAUAAUCUCUCCUUAUUUUAGUGCACAAUUUGGAGGAUUAUUGUAUAAAAUCUUGGAAAAAAACACUGAUUCUGAUUGUAUUAUAGAUUGGGCGAAUUUUGCUUCUAGUACAAUGUUUUUGACACAUACAUCAAACAUUCGACACCACAUUUUUACUCGUUUUUUUAUUUUGCGUUCAUUUUAUCCAGUAAACGUACCCAAUAUAUUCAACGUACUCUUGAACACGUACGUACAUUUUUCACCCAAGUCUUAAUGAAGUAAAGUUUGUUGUAUGAGAGAAUAAAAAAAGUGAAGGAGGAAUUGAAGUGGUAUAUAUAUAGUAUAUAUACUUAUAACCUGAUUGGUUCUCGUUGCAUGUGAGACCUACUAUUCUGCACAUUAUCACAUAGAAAGAGAGUAGUAACAAUGAAUUUACAACAUCUCUUAUUUUUCCUCGUCUUUUUCUCUUUGGUUACGAUGAAUUCAUCUGCCAUAUUAUCAAAAUCCCUUGCAAUGAAAAAGUUCAUACAAAUUCAAGAUGGAAAUGAUACAAGUUUGAGCAACAUACAUAUUGAAGAAGAAGGAGAAGAAGAAGAGAGAUUAGUUGAAAUGAAGAAUGGAAAUGAAGAAGCGUUUAAAAUUCAUUUCAGCAUGAAGAGAGGUGGGGCAAGAGGAGGACAUGGCGGUGGCGGGUCGAAUGCAAUCCACCAUAAGCCCUCAAAUACAAAGAAAUCAAAUGGCGGUUCCUUGAAUAUUUAUAUGCACCCUCUUAAUACUAUCAUUCUCAUCAUCUCUUCGACUUCCUACAUUGUUUCCGGUCUGCUACUUUUCUUAAUCUAGUUUAAUUAUAUAUCAUCCUCAAGGGUUAUAAUGAAUUAUGAAAUCAUAUACGUAGUACUUUAAUAACUAGUCCAAACUCAGCUUAAUUUCUUGUAUUAUUAUUUUCAACCAAUGCUUCAAUUCUGUUUACUUUGAUAAUUUGAUUACGUUCGUUAAAAGUUAUGCGAUAAAUUCUUUAAUUUUCGAUC